AUGCCAAAGUGUUCGGUGAUUUCCUGCCCAAAUAACAGCAGACACGUGCGAAAAAAGGAUGGUGUUUCAUAUUUUAGUUUUCCUCGAAACCCCAUAAGAUGCUCUGAAUGGACAGUUAUUAUAGCAAAAGCCCGAAAUGAAUUAAACUACAAGCCAUAUAAAGGGUCGGUUGUAUGCUCUAAUCACUUUCCUGCUUCAGACAUUUAUACAACAACGAAAGGUUUCAGUAGGCUUAACAAAAAUGCAAAACCCAUUUUACAUCUGAAUAAAAAACAACUUAGAAGUUACGAUAGUUCAGAUCAAGACAACACUCACGUAAACUUAGAUCACGACAACAAUCAGCAAACAAUUAAACAAAAUGAAGAUAGCAUUGAAUUGUCUUUUGAUAUUGAUAAUGAAUUUGGGAACGAUGAAGAAAUAUGCCAACAAACUAACGUUGUAUGCUUGCAGGAGGAAAAUUCAAGAAAAAAUCGAACAGAGCCCUUCUACGUCUAUAAGUAUUGGGUCUAUUUUAGACACUCCCAGAAAAACUGUUAUAAAGAGAAAGCUGAAUUUAUGCGAAAAAAUGAUUUUAAACAAAAACAGACAGAUCAAUAG